CUUUAUAACACUGGCAUAUUUCUCCCGAUGACUUGCGCCGCCACUUAUGGUUAUACUCUCUACGCUUAUGUACUUCCCGUUAAUGUCGUAUCCUUCAUCAAUUCAGAACCCCUGCUACCUGAUUAUGAAGGGUCGGAGUCGUCGAAACGAUAUGUAUAUCCACUAUCGCGGCGCGUGAUGGUGUCACUUCCGAAUCUGCAUUGAAUCUUAUAUAGAACGUUUAGUCUAAAUACAAUCGCGAUGUCCACUUAGUUCACGUCCACUCGGAUUGCCCCUUUAUCAGGCCGACGAGAUCCUGUAAGGGCCGGGAGAAAACUUAUAAAGCUCUAACGGUCUAUCUUAUGGACAGGAAGUAAACCCCCGCCCCCACCCCCCCAAUCAUGACCGAGAUUAUUUGGCGUCCAGAUACCCCAGUUGGGCCAGCGCAAGGAACGGGCAAGCCCAUCUACAAGCCAGAAAUAUUCAAGACAAUCGAUUCUAGUAUCGAUGCUCUGAAUAAGGAGCUCAGGGAGCUGAGCCUCGAUAUACAUUCCCACCCUGAGCUAGCAUGGAAGGAGCACCGUACCCAUGAUGUCCUCACUGGCUUUAUGUCCAAGCAAGGUUUUACCGUCAAGCAGCACCACAUCCUCCCUACAGCAUGGGAAGCCACCUAUACCCAUGGUACCGGCGGACGCACUAUCGGCGUGAACUCUGAGAUGGAUGCACUACCUGGCGUGGGACAUGCAUGCGGUCAUAACUUGAUCGCUAUCGCUGGUGUCGCUGUGGCCUGCGCUAUCAAAAGUGUUUUGGAGGAGUGGAAUAUCUCUGGAAACAUUGUGUUGCUUGGCACUCCAGCUGAGGAAGGCGGACAAGGUAAGGUCCCUCUGCUUGAGGGUGGUGCAUACGACGAGAUGGACGCCUGCGUGAUGUGUCACCCGGCUCCAGGUCCCCCUCACUCAGCCAGCCUCAGUGGAAGUCUUGCUCUUCAGCGACUCUCAGUUGAAUUUCACGGACAUACGUACGCAAUCCCCACUCAGGCUUUUUACCCUGUCACUUGCAGGGUUGCCAUGUUGAUCUACGUCUUGUCAACUAGUGCCCACGCCGCGUUAGCGCCAUGGGAGGCCCAGAACGCGCUCGAUGCCGCAGUCUCAGCAUAUACAAACAUAGGUCUCCUUCGUCAACAGUUAAAGCCCAGCUAUCGUGUCCAUGGCAUUAUUGAGGGUCGUGACUGGGCAGCCAAUAUCAUUCCUGACUAUGCCAAAAUGACUUACUACCUCCGUUCGGGGAUAUGGGCUGAAGUCGUCGCAGCCAUACCCCGAGUCGUUGCUUGUUUCGAAGCUGCGGGACUUGCAACCGGUUGCAAGGCAGACAUCAAGAAGGUCAAUUCCGUCAGGGAGCUCCGUCAGAACAAAGCACUCGGUGACGAAUUUGCCAACGUGUUUGAAAGCAAGUACGGACUCAUUGACUACAAACAUGGAAUCGCCAGUGCUUCCACUGACUUUGGAAAUGUCACAUAUGCUCUCCCUUCUAUACACCCGGGAUUCGGUAUUCCGACCGUAGUCAACGGUGGGAAUCACACACGUGCCUUUGCUGAAUCUGCAGGAGGCGAGGCAGCUCACAAGGCUGCGUUGAACGUGGCCAAGGCGUUGGCUGCGGUCGGUGUGAGGCUGUUGACGGACGAUGGAUUCUUCAAUGAGGUGAAAAAUACGUUUGAGGAAGACAAGAAGAUAAGAGAAGCUAUUUGAUGAGUGGUCAAAACGGUGAACGAGGACAUAAGUUUGAGGACUUUCGAGAGACUGCGCUGCAGCACCCAGACGUACGGAUAGAAACUUUGCACACAAACAUAACUUGAGUUUUCAAGUGAGAUCGAUGGAGCAACGUGUAUAGGCAAUCCUAAAGUAAAGACUAAGUGGUGGUCUGUGGAAGGUAUGUAUAAAUGAUAUAGCUACAACAAAAACCGAAGAAGAAAAAAACAAAAUCCCUGAAACGAAUGAGAUACAUGUACAAGAUUGUGAGUGGAGGAAGCGAAUAUACAUGAAUAAGGAUAUAUGCGAUAGCAUGCUGGAAAGCGAGGUCCACGGAUAAAACGAUAGGAUGGGACAAGGUGAUAUCUCAUAUGUUGCAGAUGUCGUCGUAUACCCGUAGAUACGAACGAGGUCCGAAGCGGGCUUGUUGAAGCACGCCGGAGUAGACACGGAGACGGACAUGGAUGGGUGGAGAGUGACCUGCAGAGCAACACAUGCAAUGAUAAAUCAAGCGCGUGCGGAUACAUAUGGUGCAGCGGGCGCAGGCAUGGUCAUUGAGGUAGCCAUGGAAAGAGACGGCUGUGGAGUCGGGUAUGUGCCGGGGUUUCGGGGCCAUGAGAGGUACAACAUGCCUUCCAUUAAGUCCGCAGUAACUUGGUUUGCCUGAAAAAAAAAUUCGUUAGUCAGGGGAUUCGUUACAACAUGAGAG